GUCUAGCGGUGACGCGGAGCAGCGCAGAAGCGAUGGCGCUUGUGUUCCUGCGGCGAUCGCUCGGUGGACUCUGACCGCAACUGGUCGAUUCCGUGCCUCCUCUCAGACUUGAUUUUGGGGGCGUUUAAGUGAACUUCAGUUAUGUUGGGCAUUCUUGCCAGGACGAUGGUCAAGGCUGGUAUGGUGAAACCCUCCUGCCUGGUAAAGCCAGUGUCAGUGACACGGAUCGCUGGGCGCUACUUGGCCCACCAGGAGGGUCUGCCUAAGCUACCGGUGCCACCACUGCAACAAACAUGCGAACGCUAUCUGCCCGCCCUGACCCCCAUCGUGGACACGGACGAGCUGAAUCACACCCGGAAACUGCUGGAGGAGUUUCAGAAGCCAGGCGGUGUUGGAGAGAGACUUCAGAAGGGUCUGGAACAGCGAGGGAAGAAGAUGGAAAACUGGCUCUCUGACUGGUGGUUACAGACAGCCUACCUAGACUACCGGAUGCCUGUUGUCGUCCAUUCAAGUCCUGGGGUCGUCCUUCCCCGUAUGGAGUUCAGUGAUCGCCAAGGCCAAAUGAGAUAUGCUGCUAAAUUAAUCGCUGGAGUUUUAGAUUUCAAGAGCAUGAUUGACAAUGAAACAUUGCCAGUGGAGUAUCUGGGUGGAAAGCCUCUCUGUAUGAACCAGUACUAUCAGGUGCUCUCGUCCUGCCGGAUCCCUGGAACAACGAGGGACACUGUGGUGAACUACACUUUGGACAAGAGACCUCCCACACAUAUCACCGUAGUGCACAACUUUCAGUUCUUUGUGCUGGAUGUGUACAACAGUGACGGCACGCCACUCACCGUAGACCAGAUCUACUUUCAGCUGGAGAAGAUCUGGAACUCCUCUUUACAGACCAAUGAAGAGCCCAUUGGCAUCCUAACCUCACACCACCGCAACAGCUGGGGCAAAGCUUACAACAACCUCAUCAAGGAUAAAACAAAUCAGGAGUCUGUGAGAGCCAUUCAGAAGAGUAUAUUCACAGUGUGUCUGGAUGCUCCCAUGCCGCGUGCGUCUGAUGACUUGUACCGCACGCGUGCUGGAGGCCAGAUGCUGCAUGGAGGGGGAAGCAGGUGGAACAGCGGAAAUCGCUGGUUCGACAAAACAUUGCAGUUUAUUAUUGGAGAGGACGGGACAUGUGGGCUGAUCUAUGAACAUGCCCCCGCUGAGGGUCCUCCUAUCGUGUCACUGAUCGACCAUGUGGUGGAAUACAUGAAGAAGUCAGAGAUGGUCCGUACCCCAAUGGUGCCACUGCGUAUGCCUCAGAAGCUUAGUUUCAACAUCACGCCAGAAAUCAAAAAGGACAUUGAGGAGGCCAAACAACACAUGAACAACAUGGUACAUGACUUGGACAUGAAAGUCAGUGUGUUUUCCCAUUUUGGGAAAGAUUUCCCAAAGUCACAGAAGAUGAGCCCUGAUGCCUUUAUUCAGAUGGCUCUCCAGCUGGCGUACUACAGGAUUUACAAGCGCUGUUGUCCCACCUAUGAGAGCGCUUCCCUCCGCAUGUUCAGACUGGGCCGAACUGACACUAUACGCUCAACAUCCAUCGAGUCUGAGAAAUUCGUCCAGGCCAUGGAUGACCCAGCCAAACAUAACACAGAGAAAGUGGCUCUGCUAGACAAAGCAGUUAAAGCACACAGAGCUUACACAGACAUGGCCAUCCGAGGUCAAGCCAUCGACAGACAUUUGCUCGGACUGAAAUUGCAGGCUAUUGAGGACAUGGCAGCCUUGCCAGAGAUAUUCAUUGAUACCUCAUAUGCUGUGGCACUGCACUUCAACCUCUCCACCAGCCAGGUGCCAGCUAAAACCAACUGUGUGAUGUGCUUCGGUCCAGUGGUUCCAGAUGGUUAUGGUGUGUGCUACAAUCCCAUGGAUACCCACAUUAACUUUGCAGUCUCUGCUUUCAACAGCUGCCAAGACACUAACGCAGCACGUCUGGCCCAAGCCCUAGAGGACGCUCUGUUAGACAUCAAGACCCUCCUGGAACAGACGCCCAAAGCCAAGCUUUAAAGUUGAUUAUGUCAAUUAGACUUGAUCUUUGACCAGUUCAAUCAAGACACUUGAGUUUACAACAGCACUCAAGAGAACAGGAUUUUUAAGAAGAGAUUUUUAUUGAGUAUUUGACCAGUCUAGAUCAGUCUGGACUCUGUUCGACCACAGUCUUUAAUGAGCCUUAACACUAAAUGACCAUUCUUACCUUCUUGUAUAAUUAUGUGUUUUGACAUUGUUUGUUCAAACAGACAAAAAAAUGAAAUAAAUCAAUUAGCUUUGUCAACAGGUAUCUCUGAUUUGUGUUUUCUUUGUAACGAGUUCUCAGUACAGAGAAUGUACCCGGUAUGUACUGUACUGUGAUUAAAAAAAACUCUUCUUCUUUGUUCAAUGUUUUAAUAAAUAUAAUGUAUUUUAAAUUCUGUUUAUAGAUUUUUAAAUUCUGUGUAGUUUUGGCUGAGGUCAUAUUCAUCUGAAUUGGUUCUUGUGCAUAACAAUGUUUUUGCCAUUUACUGUUGUCUUAUUUGGGUCUGUUUAAUGUUGCAUAUAUAUAUAUAUAUAUAUAUUGUACAAGAUGAAUUUGCUAGAUACUCAACUAUGGACUCUGUGCCUUGUUAUAAGAAAUGAGUAACAUUUCUUAUGGUCUGGAUUACCAUUCAAAUAACAUUCAUUUUACAGCAUCACUUAUUGUUACAUGCAUCAUUGAUCAAGUAAAUGAGAGUCUAACUUUGUUUCAUUAUAUAUAGCACUCAUCAGCUCUUUAUACCUGUCCACAGGUUCAGCCCGGUAACUGUCACUUUCUAUGAUGACCAGGAAAAGAUUGGUCUUUAAUGUUUGACUCAGAAAAGUUCUGUAAGGAGGCAAUACUUAAACUGAUUUGUUUGUUUAAGAAAGAUUGAUGCAUUCUAAGAAAAUUCUCAUUUUGGAAUAAAUUAUUCUGUUUCUCAAA